AUGAGUGGGGAAAACCAUGGAUGCCAUCAAAGCCAUCGUCGCCUGGAGAAGAAUUUGAACCAGGCCCUUAUGGAUCUGCAUGCCCUUGGUUCUGCCCACACGGACCCUCAUCUCUGUGACUUUCUGGACAGCCAUUUCCUAAACGGGAAGAUGAAACUCAUCAAGAUGAUGGGCGACCACCGCAGUUACCUUUGCUGGCCAGCCGGCCCCCAGGCCCGCCUGUGCCAGUGUCUCUUUCAAACGCCCACCCACAACCAAAACCAGCAGCCUUUGAGGGGCACCUCUGCACCCCCUGUAAAGCAGGAUGUGACUGGAGGAGUUUAUAGUUCUCAUGAGUAUCACUGCUCUUCCUUUCCACAGUUGAGAGACUACCAUCCCCAGGCCAACCCUAGUGUUGGUACAGGAGCAAGCGACACCAAAAAGAAGAACAUCAAUAAUGGUGCUAACCCUGAGACAACCACUUCUGGUGGUUGCCACUCACCUGAGGAUGAAAAGAAGGCAAGCCACCAACAUCAGGAAGCCCUAAGGAGGGAGCUAGAGGCCCAGGUUCAUACCAUACGAAUCCUUACAUGUGAGAAAACCGAGCUUCAGACGGCACUCUAUUACAGCCAGUGUGCUGUCCAGCAGUUGGAAGGAGAGUCCAGGCAUCUGGUCAGCCGCCUGCAUGAUUCAUGGAACUUUGCAAGAGAUUUAGAGCGGGAUCUCUCUGCUGUUGCUACACAGAAGAAGGCGGCUGACAGGUACAUCGAGGAGUUAACAAAGGAGAGGGACGCCCUGAGUCUGGAACUGUACAGGAACACCAUAACCGAUGAUGAGCUGAAGGAGAAAAAUGCCGAACUACAAGAAAAACUUCGACUUGUAGAAUCUGAGAAGUCUGAGAUCCAGCUCAAUGUAAAGGAGCUAGAAAGGAAGCUGGAGAAGGCCAAGCUCCUGCUGCCACAGCAGCAGCUGCAGGAGGAGGCUGACCACCUGGGUAAGGAGCUUCAGAGUGUGUCAGCGAAGCUCCAAGCCCAGGUGGAAGAGAACAAGUUGUGGAACCGCCUGUACCAGCAACAGGAAGAGAAGAUGUGGAGGCAGCAAGAGAAGAUACACGAGCAGGAGGAGAAGAUACGAGCAGGAGGGAGAAGAUGCACACAAUCAGGAGGAGAAGAUACGGAGCAGGCGGAGAAGAUGCACAAUCAGGAGGAGAAGAUAAGGGAGCAGGCGGAGAAGAUGCCAAUCAGGGAGGAGAAGAUAAGGGAGCAGGAGGAGAAGAUAACAGUAAUCAGAGGAGAAGAUACUGAGCAGGAGGAGAAGAUGCACAAAUGUGAGGAGAAGAUACGGGAGCAGGCGGAGAAGAUGCACAAUCAGGAGGAGAAGAUACGGGAGCAGGAGGAGAAGAUGCACAAUCAGGAGGAGAAGAUACGGGAGCAGGCGGAGAAGAUGCAUGAGCAGAAGGAGAAGAUACAGGAGCAGGAGGAGAAGAUGCACAAGCAGGAGGAAAAGAUACGGGAGCUGGAGAAGAAGAGGCAGGAGCAAGAAGAGAAGAUGUGGAGGCAGGAGGAGAAGAUACGGGAGCAGAAGGAGAUAAUACGGGAGCAGGAUGAGAUGAUGUGGAAGCAGGAGGAGAAGAUGUGUGAGCAGGAGGAGAGGCUGGGGGAGAAGGAGGAUAUGCUGUGUGAGCAGGAGGAGAAGUUGGGGGAGAAGGAGGAUAUGCUGUGGGAGCAGGAGAAGAAGAUGUGUGAGCAGGAGGAGAAGCUGUGGGAGAAGGAGAAGAUGAUAUGGGAGAAGGAGCAAAAGAUACGUGAGCAGGAGGAGAAGAUGUGGAGGCAGGAGGAGAAGAUGCGGGAGAAGGAGGAGAAGAUGCAGAGGCAGGAGGAGAAGAUGCAGGAGCAGGAAAUGAGGCUGUGGCAGCUGGAGGAGAAGAUGCAGAAGCAGGAGGUGAGGCUGCAGGAGCUGGAGGAGAGGCUGGGGGAGCUGGGGCGGAAGGCCGAGCUUUGGGGGAGCAGGCGGAGGUGGGUGCAAACCCUGGAGAUCAUACAGAACGACCUCACCACAACUUAG